AUGGCCGAACCCGAACAUAUCCCCCCUAUGCCCGAGAAACCUGAGCCAGCCGAGCACCAUGUGGGGAAAGCCCCGUCGGCGCAGAGCUCGUGCGCGAAACGCCAACUGCUGGGGAUCGUGACCUCAACCGAUGUGAUUAUCCGCCGAUUAGACCUACUACUGUCCAACGCAGACGGGCAAGAGCGCGUCCUCGCAACGAUCAACUAUGUAGCCUCCAUGCUACACCACCUCACAGCAUCCGCCCCGUGGAUUGCAUUUCAGACACGGCUAAGCAUCGUCGCCCGAUUAAAAGGCCGCGCACCGCCCAAGAACCUCACCCCCGCAUCCUCCAAAUCCAAGUUCGCGGCCCUCUGCACACUCGCGUCAGAAACGAGAUACAAUCUCCGUCUCUUCGGCCUCCUCCCGUUAUGGGUCUGGGGCGCAGAUACGCUGCGAAACCCGCCCGCCGACCCGAUCCUCCACGCCCUCACCCUGCUCCAGGUCAUCUCAAAUGUGUUUUACCAGCUCCUGGAGAAUGUGGCCUACCUCGCUGGCAAGGGGGUGGUCUCCAAGCGCUUCGUGGACAAAUACGGGGGCAUGACCAAGUGGGAUAUCUGGAGUACGAGAGGGUGGUUUGGACAUAUCUUCUUCCAGUUCUUUGUGCUCUGGCGUGAGAGCGUCCUGCGCAGACGGCGGGUCGCUGCUCAGCGUGAGGCUGCGGGCACCGUCGAGAACAAGGCGACUGAAGCGGAGGAUAAGGAGGCGCUACGGUUGGAAGUCCGCGCUUGGCGCAAGAGCUUGGUCAACAAUGCUAUCUGGGCACCCUUGUGUCUUCACUGGUGUCUGGAGAAAGGGAUUGGGAUUCCCGAGAGCCUGACGGGACUGAUCAGUUUUGGUGCUGGUGCUUGGAGCUUGCAUGACCAUUGGGUUGGAACGGCCAAGGCGUAG